AUGAAGAAGAUUAAAUUUAUUAACCCGGAGUUUAACUGCGAGUCAGCUCUUUCACAGGAGAUAAAAAGACUAGAGGAGUGUAGAAAAGACAGACAGAAUGACUUAUGUGCCAUACUGGAAAAAAACAUUCAUAAUCAAAGAACUGCGUGCGAGGGAAAUGAAACGCUGCAGUCUGUGGAGAAUGUUACCAAAGAAAUCUUCCAACUUUUAAAUCAAAGUUUGACCAAUUACAGUACAUCCGACCAGCGAACGAUUGUCAAUUUUCUUCUGGAGUCUGUGGAGACAACGAUACUCACAAUUUUCACUAAGGAACCCAGUAACUUGAGGAUCAAUACAUCUGAACUUGAAGCUGUCAUGAAGGUUGCUCGGGAAAGCUGUGACAGUAAUUCCAGUUUCCUCACUCUGGAAUUGAGGAGAAAUAGUAUGUUGGUGCCCUGCGGCCUAGUGCCUGGCGAUAAUGACGGUGCUUUCUUCGUAACGUAUACAGACUUGCAAACAAGCUUAAACCAGGUUAUUCUAAGCGAUUCGGUGUCCCCUCAGUGGUUUCCUUCUUCGGUGAUCAACUCACAGGUUGUAACUGGAUCAAUCACAGUCCGAGAAAAGGAAAAUCUUGAUCCUCCAGUGUCUUUCUACCUGAAACACCUACAGACAGUAGACGACUCCAUGACCACCCUGUGUGUUUAUUGGGAUCCCGCAUCGCAGGCAUGGUCUCGUCGUGGUUGUGUGACUCAAUUCUCCAACGGCACCCACACGCUCUGCUCCUGCUCUCAUGUUUCCAGUUUUGCCAUAUUAACGUCACUUAAAGAUUUCCAGGAGGAUGGCGGCCUGACGCUUCUGUCUCGCAUAGGUCUAAGUAUAUCCAUUUUCUGCCUGGCUGUGUCUUUUCUCACAUUUCUUCUGUGCCGUAGCAUAAGAAGCGCUCACACCUCCGUCCUGAUGGCACUGAUCGGAUGUCUCUUUCUGGGACAGCUUCUCUUCUUGCUGGGUGCUCAUCAAACUAGAAAUAAGCUACUCUGCUCCAUCAUUGCUGGGGGUCUUCACUUCUUCUUCCUCUGUGCCUUUUGCUGGAUGUUUCUGGAGAGUGUUCUUCUCUUCCUGACCGUUCGGAACCUGCGGGCUAUGAAUUACCUGACUGCAAAACGCCAUCAUUUCCCAUAUGUCUGUGUCGUUGGGUUUGGGGUCCCUGUGAUCGUCGUCACUGUAUCUGCUGUUAUUUACCCGCAUGAAUAUGGAACCGAGAGAUAUUGCUGGCUCGGACCGAUUGUUAUCUGGAGCUUCCUUGGCCCAGUCUUGGUCCUCAUUGUGAUAAACACCACUCUCCUGAUAGCCACUCUUUGUCUCCUCCAAGUGAAACUUGCUUCUCUGAACACAAACGUCUCCACGCUAAAAGACAAACGCCUGUUAAUAUUCAAAGCCCUGGCUCAGAUCUUCAUAUUGGGUUGCACCUGGAUUUUCGGCUUCUUCCAGUUUGGACCGGGUGCCAGAGUGAUGUCCUACGUGUUCACUGGAUUGAAUAGUCUCCAGGGAGCCUUCAUUUUACUUGUUCACUGUCUGCUCAACCAACAGGUAAGGAAUGAAUACCGCAAAAUAUUCCACAGGAUCCACACGAAGAGAUCAAGCUUGGAUGCAACAUCCAAGAACACCAUCCCACUGAGCACAAAAUCAACCAACGCCUAUGAAUUAUCCCAUUAAUCAUUUUAGGAAGCACAGUAUCGCGUUGCCUUUGGAACAGCGUUUGUACCACGGACGUCUGUCGUAAUUUCGUCAGCUGUGAAUCCAAGUAUCUUAAAAACUGAUCUCCCCCCAAAAAAAAGAUUUGUGCUCAAUAUCCUACUCUGGGUCACUAUUGCUUUUCGUCAGUUUUGGUAAUGUCCUAAAUGAAUUCAG